GAGACACACACACACACACACUCUCUCUCUCGUCCCUUUGCCCUCUGAGCUUCCUGUCAAAGAGAGCGAGCUCCUCUCCUGUUCAACAUCACCUCACUUUCUCAUCCUCUCAUCUGCAGAUUAUCUGCUGGAAAACGUGAACGCGCUCCGUCAUGUCUGACAACGAGGAAGUGAUAGAGGAAUACGAAGAGGAGGUGGUGGAAGAGGAGGAAGCUGCUGAAGAGGCCACGCAAGAGGAAGACAAACCUGCUGCCGGAGAAGAAGAAGAGGAGGAGGAGGAGGAGGAGGAGGAGGAACGAGAUGAAGGAGAAGCCGAAGAUGGAGAAGAAGAAGCCAAACCCAAAUUCAAGCCGUUCAUGAUGCCAAACCUCAUCCCUCCAAAGAUCCCAGAUGGAGAGAAGGUGGACUUUGAUGACAUCCAUCGUAAACGGAUGGAGAAGGACCUGAUGGAGCUUCAGACUCUGAUCGAGGUUCACUUUGAGAGCAGGAAGAAGGAGGAAGAGGAGCUGAUUAAUCUCAAAGACCGGAUUGAGAAACGUCGCUCUGAGCGAGCAGAGCAGCAUCGAAUCCGCAGCGAGAGAGAGAAAGAGCGACAGAAGCGUCUGGAGGACGAGAGAACUCGCAAAGAGGAGGAGGAGGCGAAGAAGAGAGCGGAGGACGACGCCAAGAAGAAGAAAACUCUGACCAGCCUCCACUUUGGAGGAUACAUGCAGAAGCUGACGGAGAAACGCAGUGGGAAGAGGCAAACGGAGAGAGAGAAGAAGAAGAAGAUCCUGAGUGACCGACGCAAAUCUCUGGACAUCGAGAACUUAAACCAGGAGCAGCUCAAGCAGAAAGCGAAGGAUCUGUGGGAGUGGAUGAAGGAGCUGGAGGCCGAGAAGUUUGACCUUCAGGAUCAGUUUGGAAGACAGAAAUAUGAGAUUAACGUGCUGAGGAAUCGUGUAAGUGAUCAUCAGAAAACAUCCAAGAGAACCAAGAGAGGACUGAGGAAAUGAAGAGUGAGCCACGCCCCUUCCUUUUACUCUGCGUCAAUUUGUUUUCAUUUUAUCAAUAAAAAAUAUGAAAUCAGCUAAAUAUCAAUAUCAUCGGGCCAGAGGAGACGCACACCUCUGUGACACUGCUGUUAAAGUUGAAACUGUUUUAAAUAAAGUCUCAUGUUAA